CUGGGCUGUGGAAUCUGGUGAGGCCAAAUGUGACUGUCUCAAAAGAUGUCCUCUGGCCUUAGAUGGCACCACUGUGGUUAUUUAAAUGGCAACAGAGGACAGAGAAGUGAUGGAAACCCGGGGGGCAGGAGAAAGUUGCCCCAACUUCUCUAAGUUGGUGCCUAGUGACUCCACAUCUGAGGGGAAGCCCAGGGCUUCAUUGCCCCAGGAGGCAGAGUCCCCCAGGCCAGACUCCAACUACCUGGAGGAGAUGGAAACGGACGAGGAGAGAAGUUCCCCAGAGCCCCCUAAGUCAGUGACCCCAAAUGCUGGACCUGCCACCAAGGGUCAGGCGGGUGAUGGACCCGAACCGGAGGAGCUUCCCCAGGCCUCGGGGAUAGAGCGCAAGGAGAUGGAGCUGGAGAAGGCGCGCAUGGAGUUUGAGCUCACGCGCCUCAAGUACCUGCACGAGGAGAACGAGCGGCAGCGGCAGCACGAGGAGGCAAUGGAGCAGCUGCAGCAGCAGGCCACACCCCGCCCGUUCUCGGGAGGCCUCCAGGACCUCCUGCUCCCCCAGAACCAGUUUGCCAUGUUCCUGUACUGCUUCAUCUUUAUACACAUAAUCUAUGUCACCAAGGAGAUGGUCUUCUUUCUCUUCUCCAAGCACUACCUGUUCUGCAUCGCGGCCAUUUUGCUGUGUCUGAUUAAAACUUUGUGGUCCUACUUCCAAGAAGAUGCCUCCAGCAAACAGGACACUCAGCCCACCCGGCUGCCCCAGUCCCCUGUCUUUGGACCAGUCUUCACUCUGCGGCUGGAUUAUAAGCUUUCUGUCCCCCCGGUCUCUGUUUCCUUGGCACUGCGGAGUCCCCCGGCGCCGGCCCGGGAGCUAUGA